CGCGAAAAAGGCCCGACCACUGAACUUGCCCAACCCCCCCUAUCACAUUUCAGAUGCAGGGCGAGCUGUCCACGUUACAGUCUACAACAUGCCACCUCCUGUCGGCAGAUACGGGCCUACUGGCCUGAGCGCCCCCUACACACACUUACAACAAGCCCACCUUCAACAACAACAACAGCAACCUCAACAUCAUCCGGCCCAUGCCCAGUCGGCUAACACAGCUCUUCCGCCUCCCUCCCUUGGCGGCCAUCCUGGUUUCGCCGCCGGGAAUCCGAAUACCAAUAUCAAUCCUUUUACACUGUCCGGAACCGGAAUUACGAACGGCAUGUCGGUCGCUGGGUUUGGCGCCGCAGAUGGCGGCGGCACAGGUCUCGCCAGCCAUGCGGCUCAGAUGGGCUUCGCGAGAGGGGCCCAAAUGCAGCAACAACAACUCCAUCAAGCUCAUGACGGCCGGUUAGCACUCGAUGCCAAAGCGGGCGCCGUGAAGACAAGGAUACGGGAUGUAUGGAAGCAUAACUUGGCCCAAGAAAUGGCCGUGCUACGGCAGUUGGUGGAGAAGUAUCCGUAUAUUAGCAUGGAUACCGAGUUCCCCGGUAUCGUUGCACGUCCUAUUGGAGCGUUUACGAACAAGGCGGACUACCAUUACCAGACCCUUCGGUGCAACGUUGAUCUCUUGAAGAUGAUUCAACUGGGAAUAACCCUGUUUUCUGCUGAAGGAGAGGUGCCCCCACCCAAUGCUACGGAUGCGAAUGGACAGCCCCUCGGGAAUAGUCUGGUGCCGGCCCCCUGCACCUGGCAAUUCAACUUCCGGUUUUCGUUGGAGGAUGACAUGUACGCACAAGAGUCUACGGCCAUGCUCGCCAAAGCUGGAAUUGACUUCUCCAUGCACGACAAGAACGGUAUUGACCCUUUCGAGUUCGGUGCGCUUUUGAUCAGCUCAGGCCUCGUCCUGCUGGAUGACGUCCACUGGGUGUCAUUCCACUCCGGCUAUGAUUUUGGCUACUUGAUGAAAAUCAUGCUCUGCAAGCCUUUACCGGAGAAUGAAGAAGAGUUCCACAAACUUCUCAAUAUUUUCUUCCCGUCGCUGUACGAUAUUAAAUACUUGAUGAAGCAUGCCGGACGCAAUCAGGCCGUCAAUGAUACUCCUCUGACACCAGCCGCCGCUCAGAUUCUCACCAACCUUGGUCAAAAGUCUGGACUUCAAGAUAUUGCCGACGAGUUGGGUGUCAAACGCGUGGGCAUUGCUCAUCAGGCGGGGUCUGAUUCGCUCGUCACCGGUGAAAUUUAUUGGAAGAUGCGACAGUUGGUUUUCAACGGCAGCAUUGACGAGUCCAAGUACUCUGGACAAAUCUGGGGGUUGAACGGUCAGAUGCCAGCAUUGUUGUAUCAGAUGCCUCAUCAGACACCCAAUCUCAACGGGGCUACAAUUUAUUCUGCUACUGGCACGCCGAGCACACCCAAUGCCGGUACACCUCAGCACCAGGGCCUCGGCGCACUGACGCCUGGCGCUGUCGGAGGAGUCUUGGGACAAUUUCAAGUUGGGAAAGCAUGAAAGUCAUAUAGCUAGGAUCUCAUUUGUCAAUGGGUGUUAGAUUCGGUUGGGGAGUUUAUGAUACGCUUUGCAUCAUUGUUCCUCUGCAUCUUUCCCUUUGUUUGGUCUCUUUGUAUAGGCUUCGUGUCUGAAAUUUUACAGGGAACUGUCGAGUAUUCCCCCCUCAGGGAUGCUCCAGAUCCCUGGACACUAUU